AUAAUUUAUUUUAAUGACUAAAUAAUUGAGUACUGACCAAGUGACCACAAAAAAAUUAUUGCUAUUGAGUGAGUGCAAGGAAAUAAACUCCUUUUUUUGAAGUCGGCUAAAAAAUAUAUUUGACAAAAGACAGUUAUUUUUCUUUUUAAAAAUAAAAUACCAUAAUCUGUGGAAGAAGAUUAUGCAGUCAUAAAAUUGAGGUUAUGUUUUCUAAAUAAGAUUAUUGAAAAUCUAUAUUAAAAGAAUAGUACUUAUAUUUAUAAUAUUUAUAAUACUAUUUAUGUAAAGUAAUGGUGCAAUAGAAGGUUACACAUAUUUAGGACGCACAAAUUCGAAAGAAGAAUGGCAAAUGCUAUAGCCAUCAAGCUCUCCUCUCUCCGUUUGGCCCCACCACUGCCAUUUCUUCAAUCUUACCGGACAACUACAGCAAAGCAUUGGAUCCCUAAAUGGAAGAAGGACAGGGCCAAGAAAUACCUGAAGUUCCCUCUUCCGGAUUUCAAUGAAAAUGUCAAUGAGAUGCCACAGGAGAAAAUCAAGCAAAAGAUGAAGGAGAGAGGAAUCCUGCCGCCCAGACCGUGGCAGGAACGGGCCUUCUAUAUCUCAGCUACUGGUGGUGUCUUUGAGCCGUACGUUCCACCGGAGGGCGAUGGUAAAGCGUCUCUCGUGUCAACUACAAGAGCUAAACAGACUGUGCAACUGCUGGAGAAGAAAUCCAAAUCUAUGAUGGCCGUAAGGAAGAUCAAAACCUACGAAGAAGAUUUUGAUGCUAAAGAGUUUGCUCUCAAAGCACAAGACAUCUAUAUCAAGGCACAUGAAAGUCUAGCUAAUGGUGAUAAACAUGCUUUAAGAACAUUUGUUACGGAGAAAGCGUAUCCUGAGUUCAGACACAACUCUUUCUCCAAGACUAUAAGGUGGAAGUUCCUAGACUCUUUGGAGCCUCCGCGAGUCGUUCAUGCUAGAUGUACUGAUGUUAUAAGUAAGGAGAAUAUUUUUGGACAGGUGACUGUCCGGUUCCACACUCGACAACAGUUGGCGGUGUACGACCGUUUUGGUCGUCUCCUCCAUGGCAGCGAGAUUCUCGCCAAGGAUGUGCUAGAAUACGUCGUGUUUGAGAAGCAUUUGGCCAACCUCUACGGCACAUGGAGGGUCCACGAUAAGAUCAUACCUGACUGGGCCCCACCGAAAGACCCUUCAAAGCUCACCAGAAUCGCCCCAAUUGAAACUGCAGCGGUGGAGGCUGCUGCAGACGAAAUUAAAGAAGAGAAGACAGCAGUAGAAGCAAAAUAGAAUAAUAAGUUGUUGUAGAUAGA